UAUGGGAGAGCUUACCAUGAAGAUUUUGUGUUCUAUGUUGUUUGCAUUGGCGAUCCUGGCCGUAGCUCAGGGUUACGCUGCCGGACCUCCAGUGGAGGUAUGCGCCUCGAUGGCUCCCGACACGAGUGCUGAUGCACACGGGGCUCCACCACAAACAACACCUUCUCCAUACGAAGUGACAAUGGACGUGCCCUGCAACGGUUACGUAUCUAAAAGGAAAUACAGAAUGACUCUGAGACCUACUAACAGAUCAUUCGAAAUUGAAGGCUUUCUAUGCCAAGUGCGCAAGGCUGACGGGUCGGAUACAACGGCCAUUGGCCACUUCACCGAUUUCAACCCCAAAAGCAAAGCUAAAAGCUUGGCUUGCACCUCUCCCAAAGGAGCCGUCGCUCACAAGAACGAAGAUGGAAUUCACGAGUUUCAAGCCAUCUGGAAAGCACCAUCGAGCAUACCAAACUACAACUUGAGAGCAUUCUGCACAGUUGUGGAGCACAAAGACACUUACUGGUUGAAAGUUCCGUCCGCCUACUUCACGGCUGAGAAGAGCAAAACAAACAAUUGUGUAAACGGACGGUGCGAGUCACACAAUGGAGCGACUCCACGCUGCAGGUGUGAAGCAGGAUACGGUGGUCCGACGUGCGAUUCUGCUCGAACAGAUUCAAGGCCACCACCACCACCAAGACGUGAUGCUAUUUGUAUGGAGUUUAUGAGAGAAUGGGCUGCCAAACUUGAUGAAUGGAAGGAGUUGUUUGGCAAGUACCAGAAGAUGUUCGGUAUGGAUUUAUCGUCUACUAACACCACCACUAUGCCUGAUUAUUAUUUUCAGUAAGAUGAUCAUGAUUAUAACAGGACUCCCGAGUAGGAGCUAAACGCACUUGUCUAAUUACGACGUUCAGAUAUUGUUUAUGCAAAGAACGUGUAAUUCAUAAGUGCACUCUGAACAUGCAGUUACUGUUAGUUUGCGCUGGCAGCUAUUUCAUGAUUGAAAUAUUGAUUAGCUUUCGC